GGGGUAGCACUGGAAAUCGUAACAUUCAAAUUGAAUUAACUCGUAGUUACGUAUGUGUCCCUGGGACCCACAACAGGGAAAGAGCUAAUAAAGCCCAUUCGUCUCGUAGCAGUACCGUAGGCAGCCAAAAGCACUUGACCGACGUCAGAAUCGACCAAUUAAACUGCAGAACAAUGAAUAAAUACACGAGGGACCAAUCCGCUUCUUUCAAGCUGCUAAAGGCAUGACCUGGAUAUAAAAAUCACUGUUAUUGCUUAAUGUGAAGUGUGCGCGUAUUAUCAUGCAGGCCUAAGCAAAUAGUCUGUAUGCAGUAGAAAUCUGAAAGAAGGAAAAAUUGUUUAACAAUGGGUAGCGAAGAGUAUUUCAGAUUUGCUGAAGUUUUCUCAUAUGAAAGUCUCGUACAUGCUGUUGCAGGAGCAACGGGCAGUGUAACCGCGAUGACUGUAUUUUUCCCUUUGGACACGGCUAGACUCCGCCUUCAAGUGGAUGAGAAUAGGAAAGCCAGCUCCACACCAGCAAUCCUGGCAGAGAUCAUCAAGGAAGAGGGGCUUCUGGCUCCCUUCCGAGGCUGGUUCCCGGUCAUCUGCAGCCUGUGCUGCUCCAACUUCGUCUACUUCUAUUGCUUCCAUAGUUUGAAAGCCACCUGGCUGAAGGGGCAGAGGUCGACCACAAGCAGAGAUCUAGUGAUCGGCAUCGCUGCAGGUGUAGUGAAUGUCCUGGUGACCACCCCACUCUGGGUGGUCAACACCAGGCUCAAACUGCAGGGGGCUAAGUUUCGCGACACAGACAUUCACCCCACUCACUAUACGGGCAUUCUGGACGCUUUUGUACAGAUCAUGCAGCACGAGGGGGUCUCAGCCCUCUGGAAUGGUACCUUCCCAUCCCUACUGCUGGUGCUGAACCCAGCGGUCCAGUUCAUGAUUUAUGAGGGUCUGAAGAGACGGCUGCGGAGGGGGGUCUUCAGAGAGUUGUCCUCCUUGGAGGUGUUCCUGAUUGGGGCUGUAGCCAAGGCAAUUGCCACCACUGCCACCUACCCCUUGCAGACGGUGCAGUCUGUCCUGAGGUUCAGUCAGCGCAGGCAGCAACGGGACAGGUCCUGGCUGCUGGGCAGCCUCAAGAGCGUUGUGUACCUGCUGACCAGCAGGAUCAGGAAGCACGGCAUCAUGGGAUUGUUCAAGGGCCUGGAAGCCAAGCUCUUACAGACCAUCCUCACAGCUGCCCUCAUGUUUCUCCUGUACGAGAAAAUCGCCGCUGGCACAUUCCACAUCAUGGGGGUGAAAAGAGCCACAGCCAGACGCUGACUUCAAAGCCCCUCCCCCCCCCCCCCCCCCCCCCCCGGAAACACCAACGCUCCAUGGGACCAGCAUCCGGACCCCACUCACCUGGGGGUCUCAGCCCGUUUGCCUUCGUGUACCAGCUCCUCCAUCGCGUUCAACGCUUGUUUUCACUAGAUUGUUGCUUCGGUAUGUGGAGCUCCAGUUAUGGAGGGAAUAAAAACCUGUUAUGUGUAAUAUAGUAUAUUCUGCCAAUGUGGGGCUGGUCACUCGAGUACUAAGUAUUUGCUACUGAUUACUGGGGAAUGCUGUCUUUUUCUCCACCACCACCACCACCCCACCCCCCAGCACUGGUGCUGUGUAAAGGGUGGUGAGUGUAGAUAAUUAGAUAAGUUUUUAAAAUGUCUUUUAUUUUGUCUUGACUUCAUAUACAGGGUUUGGGCAGCUGCGCCUGUAAUGUUUUUCUGAUGAGUAGCUCUGCAGGUGCUUGUAGACAUACACGGGUCAGCAAUGUAGACAAACUCAGCUAUCCUACUUAAAUCUACUUGAAAACAAACAGUACAGAGUUACUGGUUUAAACUGGGAAUUCAACUAUGGUGGCUAAAUGAAGUGGUUAACUUCAUUUGAAUAGUAUUCCGCAGUUUAGUAUAGUACAGAUAUAGCCACUUGAAUUUUCCCCUGUUUCCAUGAUGGGGCCUUGGCUGGUCCGUGACAGGUCCCUGCUGGGUCCUGGGUGGGACCUUGACUAUAAUGAAAUCCUCCACGAUGAUGUAAUGAACAAGGGGGCCGGCAUGAUCCGCCCCUUACCUCUCUGUGCGUAAAGUACUUGCAAAGAUUUAUCCAUCCACCAGGGGGAGCAGUGAUUACGAAAGCUGAAGUGACUUACCUGAAAUCAGGUAUUGUAACUCCACUGCAAAAAAUAAAAAUCUAAGCAAGUGUAAUUUUACUAUAUUUAGACAAAAUUCCAAUUUCAUUAAUAAAGUGACUACACUGCAAUAAAUGGCUUGUGAAAUUUUUUUAACUUUCUUUUGUGAGGCAAAGAUGGCCUAAAACUAGCAAAAUGUGUUUUUAGUCAGUUUAUUGAUGAAAUUAGAAUUUUGUAUUUUACUUCACCUUUUGGAGAUGAGGCGGACCCAAGAUAUGUGCAAUACAAUAAUUACAGGCCUAAACAAAGUAAUAAAAUUUAUUGUCAAGCAAUGAGGGACUGUGGUAUAUGAUUUGAAGCCGAUCGAGCUUGUUUGGCACAUGAUGAAAGACUUCAUCUGCAAGGAGGCCAAGCCAGGUACAAAGCAGCAAGCAAUAGAGUUAUUUUGGUAGAGGAGAGUGACCCAAGAUGUGUGUAACAGACUACUUACAGGCCUAAACAAAGUAAUAAGGUUGAUUGUGGAGAAUAAAGGUGGACAGAGUGGAAAAUGAAAAAUAAAAAAACAUAUGGUUCUGUACUGUGCUUGAAUAAAACAGACACAUUCCUUAGUGUGUUCUGUCUGGCUAACAGUCUGAAAGGCUGCUGAUGGCUGCAUAUUCACAGGGUGGGGGUCGGGGGCAGUCACAAUGACGUGUGAAUGUGUCAUUAACUUCUCUGCUUGGCCACAAUGAAAGAGAUAUGUUUGCAGGGGAUCAAGGUGAGGUUGUUUUCUUAACCUAAGAACACUUUGGUGGGGGUGGGGGUGGGGGGAUGUGGGCAAUGUAGCGUUGGUGGGAUUUGCAUAUCCUGGCAUGUUCGCUGGCCGUGGACCUUGUAAGUCACAUUAUGUAUUUUUUUACCUGUAUUUGUGUGCCAUGAUGGUGCAGGACAUGUGAUUGCUUAUGUCCUUUUAAGUACUGAUACAAAGAGCAAACUUUGUGUGGAAA